CCUCGGAGGGCCCGGUAGGCAAUUCAGUUUGAUCUUGAUGGAAUUGGUGGUAUUGACAAUGACACCCCGGUGAUGGUGACAGCGGCCGGAGUUGUGAGGAAAGUCUUAAAUGUCCGUGGAGAGCUCGGGCGGAGGCCAGAUCGUCCAUCGCACCACGAGCCGACGGUUGUAAACAAACAAGCUUUUGGCGAAGGCACCAUAAAAGGCGGAAGUGAUGAAUCAUGGCCUCGGUGAAGGUGGCGGUACGGCUGAGACCAAUGAACCUGAGAGAGAAAGAUCUGGAUGCCAAAUGCAUCAUACACAUGGAGGGGAACAAGACAACAAUCACAAACUUGAAGAUUCCGGAAGGAAGUUCAGGUGAUUCUGGACGAGAGAGGUUAAAAACAUUUACUUAUGACUAUUCUUAUUGUUCUGUUGAUUGCAGAAGUCCCAAGUUUAUUUCACAGGAAAAGAUAUUCAAAGAUCUUGGCACUGAUGUUCUUAAAUCUGCCUUUCAAGGCUACAAUGCGUGUAUUUUUGCGUAUGGUCAGACUGGAUCUGGUAAAUCGUAUACAAUGAUGGGAAACCCGGAAGAUGUAGGCUUGAUACCUCGAAUUUGCCAAGGGCUAUAUGACAGAAUUGCUGAGAAGUCUAAUUGGGACGAAGCUUCAUUUCGUACAGAAGUUAGCUACCUGGAGAUUUAUAAUGAACGGGUAAGGGAUCUGCUCAGGAGAAAGUCAACCAAAACGUACAAUUUAAGAGUGAGGGAGCAUCCAAAGGAAGGGCCAUAUGUUGAGGAUCUGUCAAAGCAUUUGGUGCAGAAUUACAGUGAUGUGGAAGAGCUUAUGGAAGCUGGAAAUAUCAAUCGAACGACUGCUGCGACAGGGAUGAAUGAUGUCAGCAGUCGAUCCCAUGCCAUCUUCACCAUCAACUUCACUCAAGCCAAAUUUGAUGCUGAAAUGCCUUGUGAAACAAUUAGCAAGAUCCACUUGGUUGACCUUGCAGGAAGUGAAAGAGCUGAUGCCACAGGUGCAACUGGAGUAAGGCUGAAAGAAGGAGGGAAUAUAAAUAAGUCUUUAGUCACACUUGGAAAUGUCAUUUCUGCUCUGGCUGACUUAUCUCAAGAUGGGGUGAAUUCUCAAACAAAGAAGAAACAAGUGUUUGUGCCUUACAGAGACUCUGUUUUGACCUGGUUAUUGAAAGACAGCCUUGGUGGAAACUCGAAAACAAUUAUGAUUGCCACCAUUUCACCAGCAGAUGUCAAUUAUGGAGAAACACUGAGUACACUUCGCUAUGCAAACAGAGCCAAAAACAUCAUUAACAAGCCUACUAUUAAUGAAGAUUCUAAUGUCAAACUUAUUCGUGAGUUGCGUGCUGAAAUUGCACGGCUAAAAGCUUUACUUGCUCAGGGGAAUCAGAUUGCAUUGUUGGAUUCUCCAACGGCUUUGAGCAUGGAGGAGAAGCUGCAUCAAAAUGAAGCGAGGGUUGAAGAGUUGACUAAAGAAUGGACCAAUAAGUGGAAUGAAACUCAAAAUAUCCUUAAGGAAGAAACCUUAGCUCUUCGAAAAGAAGGAAUCGGUGUAGUUUUGGAUUCUGAAUUACCUCAUUUGAUUGGCAUUGAUGAUGACUUGCUUAGUACAGGAAUUAUUUUGUACCAUCUCAAGGAGGGCAAGACAUAUGUUGGGCGAGAAGAUGCUGCUACUGAGCAAGAUAUUGUGCUCCAUGGCCUUGAUCUAGAAAGUGAACACUGCAUCUUUGAAAAUCUGAAUAACAGAGUAACUGUAAUACCACUGAAUGGUGCACAGUGUUCAGUCAAUGGAAAUCCUAUUAAUGAGCCUACUCAAUUAAACCAAGGAGCUGUCAUAUUGCUGGGAAGAACCAAUAUGUUCAGGUUUAAUCAUCCUAAAGAAGCCGCUAAACUCAGGGAGAAAAGGAAGAGUGGAUUGCUGUCUACCUUUAGUUUGUCCAUGACUGACCUGUCCAAAUCAUGUGAAAGUCUUUCCACUGUCAUGCUUUACAACCCAGGACUUGAGUUUGAGCGACAACAGCGAGAAGAACUGGAAAAACUGGAAAGCAAGAGGAGACUAAUUGAAGAAAUGGAAGAAAAACAGCAAACAGAAAAAUCAGAACUAGAAAGGUUGCAGCAAGAGGUGGAGUCACAACGCAAAGAGACUGAGAUUGUGAAGCUUCGCAUCAGAAAACAGGAAGAAAGUCUGAAACGCAGAAAUUUAGACAUUGAAAGUAGACUUAAAGAUUUGAUUGCUGAAAAGGAAAAAUUUGAAGAAGAACGGCAAAGAGAACAACUGGAAAUUGAACUGCAAAAGAAAAAACAAGAAGAGGAAAUUCAUAUACGGGUUCAGAAAGAAUUACAGAAAUUACAGGAACUCCAUGAGCAAGAGAAAGCAGGUAAACUAGAAAUUCUCCGAGAACUGGAGAAGCUUAAAAAAGAAAAAGAUGAACAUAGCCUGAAACUGGAACUAGCAAAGAGAAGACUUGAAGAAGAAGCAAAAGAUCAACAGUCACUUGUUACACGACUGGGAGAACAGCUCAGAGAAAAACAGGAAACUAUCCAACUGCUCAAACGAGAUGAUGUGCAAAGCAUUGAUGAAGAAAAAGAUAUCCUGGAAGAAAUUAGAGAAGUUUUUCUUAAAGCUAAGGAAGCUAGGCCUACUGGAGGUGAAGAGCCUGAAGAUGUUCAAAGAGCAAAGCAAAGAUACAUGGAACUGAAGAAAACACAGCUGGAAAAAUUCACAGUAUUGGAAGAAGAUGCCUUUUGUCAAAAAGAGUUUCUAGAAAAGGAAAUUAUGAUGGAGCGUGAAGUUCUUGACCAGUUAAGGCAUAUGCAGCAAGACUCUGUAAAAGUUCUUCAGAAAGGUGGUGCAAGUAAUGCCUUAGAUUCAGGCGAAUUGAUUGGGGCAUCAGAAAAAGAAAAAGAGGUCGAGCAAAGGUUGCUGAACAAAGAACGACAACUUGAUUAUUUGAUGGAAAACCAUUUGCCUUCACUGACAGAAGAAAAGCAGAGAGCUGCAGAUAUCCUUGACCAAGGUCUCCCUAGUUUGGAUGUUGUACUUUACCAGACAGAGAAAGAAAUCGAAGAAAAAAGGGAGCAAUUAGCACAGUACAGAGCUAGUACGGAUCAGCUCCAGCAACUCCAGCAAACUUACGAAUUUACUGCUAAUAUAGCUCGACAAGAGGAAAAAGUUCGAAUGAAAGAGAAAGAGAUAAUUGAAUCACGAGAAAAACAACAGAGGGAGGCACUAGAGCAAGCUGUAGCCAAAUUAGAGAGGAGACAUUCUGCUCUUCAGCGUCAUUCAGCCAUUGAACUUGAGAUUGAAGAACAGAAGCAAAAGCUAGCAACAUUAAAUAGCUGUGAAGAAACAGAUCUUCGCAAUAGUCUGGAAGCUGAACGGAAAGCACUAGAACAAGACAGAGAAAGGCUAGAACAAGAAAUUCAGCAGCUGAAGCAGAAACUUUGUGAAAAUGACGUGGUUCUAAGGGUUUGUGGAACUCAGGAAGAGAAAUCAUCCCUUGCCAGUCCUGCAAGUCCUAAAAGAUCUCCAUCAGUUAUGACGCCAAUAGCUGAUGAUAGACUAAAUGCAUAUAUUGAAGAAGAAGUUCAGCGGCGACUAGCAGAAAAAGCAAAAUUACAAAAAUAUCAUGAAAUAAAUGAUACAGCUGACCUCUCCCUUUCGAUGGAGCAGGAACAUGGGAAUCUUCAGAAUAAUAUAAACCAGCGCAAGCUAAAAUAUGAGCAGCGCCUCUUUGCUCGAUCACUGGAUAUUAGUCCAAACAACCUAAAGGAUCCUAUUAAAAUUAGUAUACCCCGUUAUGUCUUGCGUGGACAAGGGAAAGAUGAGCACUACGAGUUUGAGGUGAAGAUAACUAUUUUGGAUGAAACUUGGACAGUGUUUCGACGUUAUAGCCGCUUCAGGGAACUGCACAGAACAAUGAAGAUGAAAUAUCCAGAGAUCGGCAGCCUACAGUUUCCACCUAAAAAGAUAUUUGGUAACCGGGAUGAAAGAGUAAUUGCUGAGAGACAAUCCCAUUUAGAGAAAUACCUCAGGAACUUUCUCACAUUGAUUUUGAAGUCCCCAACUUCACCAUUGAACCUAUCCAAGGAGGAUUUUACACUGUCCAAGCACACCCUAUGUGAGUUUACACCAUUCUUCAGGAAAGGAGUUUUUGACUUCAGUAGUCAUGGGACUGGAUAAAUAAAUAAGACAACAUGUAGAUCUUAAAGUACCAGGACCAAAAGCAGUGCCUUUUCUAUAUCCAACUAAAUUUUUAAAUAUGCAGAGAGAUUAUUUUAUGAAGAGCAUUUCAGUUUCCUUUUUAUUUAAUAUUGAAAAGUACCAAAAGUACCACUAUAUAGUUAAAGAUAAUGUGCAUGUACAGUUAAUAAACUCCUUUUCACUAUAUUCCUCCAUAAUCCACUGACUAAAACUCUCCAGCAACUAAAUGCAGAGGCUUAUGUUGUAAAUAUUUGCACUAAACCUGUUAAAAAUGAUUUUGUGCCUCAGUUCUACUGUUUACCGAGAUUACUCUUAAAGAACACUGAGAUUCUUUCAUUAUAAUUAUUUAUAAAUAAUUGAUUUUAUCCUCACCAACAUUACAGAGUUCAAUUUCAAGAUAAUUUUUGUUCAGAAAUGAUAUUACAUGUUCAUUACAGGUCUGUAGUGACAUUUCUAUACAAAAUAAAAGAUUGAUUUUUGUCCAUUGGAUUCAAAAUAAAAACAACUGUUCUAAGCGUGUGCAACUGUGGGUGUUAACAGUGGUGUGGUAUAAUAUAGGUCUUCCUUCCAUUUCUGCUGUUUUCUAUUUGAUCUCCCGAAAAAGUGGUAAUGUUGAAGUAAGUAGAAAGCUCACCUUGACAUGAAUCCAUGGCCUUUGCAACUGUCGUAAUGAAGCAAUCUCUUGAUUCAGCAACAAGUGUCCUAAGUCGUCCACCUGUAGCCAAGCAUUUGUUACACUGAGUUUGCAUUACAUUUCAAAAAACAUACAUGUUAAAACAGAUUUUCUAGUACUUAAACUUCAUCACAAAGUAUAAUUGUAAGUGUAAAAUUUUACACACUCAUUUAGCACUAUGUGUAAUUGCACUAUAAUAGCACUGUGUAUUUAAAAUUACUGCAGAUGCAGAUAAGUUUCAGCAUUUUUUUUUAUAUCUAUUUCAAGUUAUCAGGGCAGGUAGUUACAGUAGAGUGAGUAGUGUAAAUGUUGUUACCUUGUUGUUUUUCCUUCUGUUAAAGAUCCUGCAUAGUUUGUCACAUUGAGGUCAAAGUAGAUCAGAGUAACAAUGCUUAAUAGUUAAAGAUUAUGCAGAAAUUAACAAUCAUACCUGCACAGUUAGCAUAAUUUAAAAACCAGUCUGAUCCUUUGGAUGUAUAAUAUUAUUUCAAUUUAAAACUUGAUUAUAGCUAAACUUCCAUUCAAUAAUAUCUAACGUGAGAGAUUUAUAUGAGUGGGACGGUAUUACUUGACAAAUAUAAGCACAAUGUAAUAUUUUUUAAUGACAUUUGAACUCCAUUAAGCAAAGCUACAGAAUACAUGUUUCUAAGAUCAGACAGCAAUAUUGAUUUGAGGGUUCAGGUUGAAUAACCUUUCAGCAGAAUGAAAAAAUUGAACCAUGUCAGCAAUAAGUUAGGCCUUUGAUUCUGUACUUCCUAACUUGUUCUCCAGCUACAAAACAAUGCCAAACCAUUUCUCUCUUUUAGUUAAUGUAAAUUUAACAGUGUGAUAGCCGCUGACAUUCCCCACAGCUUUAAUCAACAACACACAUUUAUUUGUAUUAUACCUUUUGAAGUGGGAAAAUGGCCCAAGGCACUGAACCUGAAGACACUUGCCAAGGUAUUUCCUUCAGUGAGUUUGCAGCACUCCAUUCUACUGCAUUACUAAGAUGCCCUGUAGGCCAGGAUAAGUCACAGCGAAACUGAGGCUCAAGCAAAACAAGCUUGAAUGAAAGGGAAUCGAUAAGAACUAUAAGAAAAAUGGAAAAAGGGAGCUCAUACAGUAGAUUUGCUAGCCAUCUUCCCUCCACUGGUAAUUUUCUGCACCACACCAUAUUAUAGAAUCUAGUUCUCUGGUCUCAGAACUAAUUGGACCUGGGGCAGCUCCACCCACGGGAUACCCCUAACCUUGGAGAAAAGCUAUAACCUCUUUUCCAAUAAUAUUUGAAUACUAUUAAAAAUGAAGAAAGUAAUUUAAAAUAAAGAUGAUGUUAAGUUUUUUUUGUAAGCAACCUGUGUUUUUGCCCUGUGCUCCACAUUGAAAUUAGAGGGCAGGUUCAGGCGUAAGAUCAGGUGUUGUUUCCCCAGUACAAUACUAUCAAUAACAGCUGGAACAAUUCAAUGAAAUGUGUUGAUGUAAUUAAACUGGUGUUCUUGUCCUGUAUAUUACUCCAUUCAGUUUACAAAGGCUCAUACUCCAGCACCUUAGUGUCUUAGAAUCCUUAAUCAUGUAACAUUUUCACACUUACUUGAAACACUAAUUAAUCUGUAAUCUGUAUUAUUCUUCACGAUUUUUCUAGUUCUUUUGUUGCCUAGUUAGUUGCUGGGGAUAUUUCCUUAGUGGAUCUGAGGCCACAAUCUAUGCAUUUUUAUUAGAGGCAACAUACCAAAGUCUGAAAUAAUUUGACUAAAGAUAUCAUUUGCAACGAAUGUUAUUUCCCUCACCACUUGGUCCAAAAUAGGCACAAAUAUAUAUUCAGACAAUGGUUGCUUCCUUGACAUAACAUCAUAUGCUUUGCAAUAAUUCAGGUACUUAGUUAGUUUGUAUCAAAACAAAAUCUUCCUGUUGUGCAUGUUGGAAAAACACAAUUUAUUCUGGUAUGGAAUAAUAUUCAUGUUUAUUAGAACCAUCACAAAAUCCAGGUCUAGGUACCCAUUUGAAAAUUAUUGCAGUAAAUAAGAAAGGAGCAAUUCAAUUUUACAACAACUUGCAUCUGUAACAUACCUUUAACAUGGUAAAGUGCUCCAGGUAUUUCAUUGAAGCAUUUUUUAAUGUUGAAUGGUUGAAAGCACAAUUUAACUUCUGUCUAAGUGGAAUUUGUACUGAAAUCUGAAUCCAAAGGAAAUAACAUUCACAUAAGGAAAAUUUUGCCCCAGGGAGAUCUGUUAAAUACAGGUUAUUUCCCAAUUUUUCUAAUGUCCUGAUCGUAAAGAGGAUGGUGGAAACAAGCCAAAGGUGUUUUUGAACUGAUUUCUUUUCCACUAUGUUGCAUACAACAAAUGGAUGUUGUGAUUCUGGUUUUGACAUGCUUUGUGCAACCAAAUUAGUGAAUAACUAUUGCUUCUUAGAGGUUUCAUUUGAGCAGAACUACACGGAACUGCUGCUUCACAGUACAUGUAGGUGGGGACAAUCAUAAACCAGUUAUACUGGUUUUAAUAUUUCUACUUGGCUACGGGGUAAACUUAACAGUCUAGGAAACACUACUCGUAUUUCCAAGUACAAUAUGUACAGUUUUGUAAGUUUUUUUUGUAGUAACUGGGAACGUAAUGCUACCGUGAUAUUCAGUGAUAUAAUUUGUACACCAUGUAAAUAAGCAUAAAUAAUGCAAAUUUCAGCCUGAUUCUGCACCUAAUUGUGUAAUCAUUUAUAAUUUAUAACUGCAUUGGAAGCACUUUGUGUAUGUUUUAUAGUGUUUUAAAAUCGCUAUUUGUAAAGUAAACUCACUGACCUCAAAUAAAAUGUUAAG